GAUGUAGACAGAGCCUCACCGCAGACGGAGCAGAGGGCAGGGGGGCUGCAGGACGACCAAUCAGACGACGAGGAUAAAGAGAACGAGCCUGAGGAUGAGGAGGAUGAUGAUGAUGGGGGUGGUGGGGGCUGGAUCACUCCCAGUAACAUCAGUCAGGUGAAGAUGGAGUCGGCCGAUUGGACGGAACCGGCUGACGUCAGAGUCGGAUGUCUGACCACCGACUUCGCCAUGCAGAAUGUUCUGAUCCAGAUGGGCCUCCGGGUUCUGUCUGUGAACGGCAUGGUGAUCAAACAGGCCCGCAGCUACAUCCUGCGCUGCCACGCCUGCUUCAAGACGACCAGCAACAUGAACAAGGCCUUCUGCCCCCACUGUGGGAACCGGACCCUGAAGAAGCUGGCAGUGACCCUCAACGACGACGGCAGCGUCCAGAUGCACUUCUCCAGGAACCCAAAGGUUCUGAACCCCCGAGGGCUGCGGGUGAGGAUCUCCUGCUGGUUCUGAUAAGAUCAAUCACGG